UGAAAGAUGUGCCGUGCCGAUGUGCGUCAGCGGACCAAGUAGCCGAAAACCGAGCAUAACAACAAAAUGUGAAGGAAUAACUUUGUGUUGGCUGUGUUUGCGGUGAAAUAAAAGCGGUUUAAAUCUUCACGUGUGUGAAUUGCGACUAGAGAUCGCCCAUGCAACUUUGUUCGUGAUGUGAAAUGUGACGCUCAUUAUUGUGCAAAACUAGUUAAAGAGAUGGCGGGUUUAGAGCGCGUAAAUCGCGAGCUAUUCCCUCUUCGUGACAUUUCGUCUGUCGUUCAGCUUUUUACCGACGAAGUUGAAAAAUCAUCAGAGCCUGAUUUAGCAUUAUUGUCCAUCGUCGGUGGCGCUGUCGAGAAUUCACUGACAUGCCAUCGCUCCCCCGUAAUGAAGGACGCGCCUGUCGAGACGGACGACGAUUCUGGUGGAGAGUUCGAAAUUGAAUACCACAUCGUUGACGCUCUGUACUCCCAGUUCCGCUCCAUCAUUUUGGGUUCCGUCGACUUGUCUGCAUACGGCGACAGUAAAUAUGCAACCAGAGAGCUCGUCAAAAAGGUGUCGGAUGUCAUAUGGAACUCCCUGUCAAGAAGUUACUACAAAGACAGGGCCCACCUUCAGUCCAUAUACAGCUAUUUGACAGGAAAUAAGCUGGAUUGUUUUGGAGUGGCACUGGCUGUUGUUGCUGGUUGUCAAGUGCUGGGGUUUAAUGAUGUUCAUCUGGCAUUGUCAGAGGAUCAUGCCUGGGUUGUAUUUGGAGAGAAUGGCGGAGAAACAGCUGAAGUCACCUGGCAUGGUAAGGGCAAUGAAGAUAAACGAGGACAGCCGAUUGGAACUAGUGUUGGAUCACUAUCAUGGCUGUAUGUUAAUGGACAACCAGUAAUAUGUGACCGAUAUAUGGAAGUGACAGCACUUGUUUCCUCUAUCAAUCCCUCAUUCAACAUGACGACUGACAUAAAGGAAGUGGCAGAUUUUCAGCAGCAGCUGAUGUGGAUGCUGUAUGAUAGAGGAUAUCUUCAACGAUAUCCCAUGGCCCUUGGAAACUUAGGAGAUUUGGAGGAAAUCAAUCCUACCUCUGGACGUCCUCAUUGUUCAGAUUUAUUUUCACAAGCUGUUGAUGCUUCACGAAAGUUUUAUAAUAACCAACAUGUAUAUCCGUAUACAUAUCAAGGUGGCUAUUACUUCAGACAAAAGAUGUACAAAGAGGCCUUAGGAAGCUGGGCCAAUGCAGCUGAUGUACUGAGAGAGUACAACUAUUCUCGAGAUGAUGAAGAACUAUACAAGGAGCUCAUGGAUAUUGCCAAUGAACUUAUCCCUCAUGUAAUGAAAGCUGUUGGUUCUGGAAUUGAUGCUCAUUCAAUCCUCAAAGAUCCAGAAUGUUUUGCACAUCUCUUGAGACUCUAUGAUGGUAUUUGUCAAUGGGAAGAAGGUUCUGUGACUCCUGUAUUACACAUAGGCUGGGCAAAACCACUUGUUAAUACUAUUGCUAAAUUUGAUGCAUCUGUAAGAGCUCAACUUGUGAUUGAUCUUCAAGAUGAUUUGGAUGAAGAGCACUCAUCUGAGAAAGAAGAUAAAAACUCCUCAAGAUCAGGCACUGCAGAUUCGGGAAAUAUGGAGAAGACAGAAGAGCCUAGCAAAGUUGGUGAUAAUUUAAACAAUAACAACUAUACUAAAGCUCUGGAAAGUGACUCUGCUCAAAGUCCUAGCAAUGGAUCAUCUAGUGCCUCUGUGCAUCCAUCAAUUGAAGCGUUAACAGCAGCUUGUUCUGAAAAGAUUCUCAAUCCUGAUUUCCUCCUUCAAGGGGAUGGUGAACCAUUUGUAGCUGGUGGCAAGGAUGAUUCAAUUACAGAUGUUUCAGAAGUUGACACAGCGUUGACCAAACCAGCAGGAAAGAAGACGGGUUCAAAUGGUUUCCAUUCCGUUGUUUCUUCAGCAACUGUUGAAAGCACCCCUACUCCUGCUAAACUAGUGGUCAAAAGGAAAUCGAAUGUUAAUUUUGUGUCAGGUCUUUCACACACAGAAGAUGGUAGACCAAAGCUCACUUUGGGCAGCCGUAAAAUGUGUGGACUCAAAGAUCUCCUCCUUUCAGAGAAACUGAAUACUCAAGCUAUUUCUCUUCAACUUACUGCCCAGUCUCAAGUUCAGGUUGGAAGAAAAACUCGGUCAGGUACACAGGAUGUUUCAACUGGAUCGAGACCUAAACGAACACGAAGAGAAUAGAAAGGGUCUUUCAGUUCUUUUCCAGAAACUAAAUAUAAAUCUAAAACUACAAUUUUGCUAAUGGUGUAUUUUUAUCAUGCUGCGUAUGUUAUGUUGACUGGACUGGUUAAAAGAUGAAGGUAUUCAUUGUUUCAAGUCCUUGUAAUGUGUUUUCUCUGUCAUGAUUUUUAGCACAUCUAACUUUUUUAUGUGUGAAUCAGAGGGUAAGCGUAAUGAUCCCCUUUAAUUAACCACCCUUUUUAAGAAAAACUUGAAACUGUGGCCUUUAUCAGAUUUUAAUGAACUAGCUAAAUAUGAUAUCUAUUCUUUAAAUAUUUUUUCUGAGAUGUAGAAUGUUCAAUGUACGAUGCCGUUGUGUUUGUAGAGAUCUAAAGGCCUUGUUGGUUUUGUUGUAAAUUUUGUAAUGUUUCCAAGCUAGCAUUUGAAAUAAGCAUUAUUUGAGAUGGCUAGAGACAAAAAAUGAUGUCUUGUUGAGUUAUACACAUUAAGCAUCAGUCUGCUUAGUUACUGUGUAUGCAUUUUCCUUGUGAUUAUUUUAUAAUUUCAUUGUCAGUUGUUAUGGCUAAACCCUUAAAUGUGUGUUUUAUCAUCUGUUACUAUGCAGGGUGUUGUAGUGAUCUUGAUGCAAAGAGUAAUAUUUUGAUAGUUACUCUUUGUCCUUAAAUUUCUUUAGAUAUAUGUAGUAUGAAAUCCGUGAAAGAAUAUUAUACAUAUUAGCAUUGGAGCAUUGCUAAUUUGUAAUGACACAUAGUUGCUUCAAAAAUUUCUGUGUCCUUCAACUGAUUUGCUUCAUGUAAAUUUUGUGUAGGUAUUACACAGUUUGUGUGUUAUCCUGGUUUUUAAAGGAAAUUUAGUAUAUUUAAUCAAGCACACAUGUGUUAUUUGAUGUUACUGUUCAUUUGCUAUGUUACGUUAGUAUUAUCAUUCUGUAAUACUCCAUGACGCUUGAAUCACUCUAACAUGUAGAUUGUUGUCUAUUUGUUUUUUGAAGGAAAUUUAGAUGCAGUUAUUUUGAUAUCCAUGUUAAAUAGUGUUGUGGUUCACCUUUCUUUUUGGUUGAACUCCCCCCCCCCCUUUUUUUUUUGGGGGGGGGGGGGGGGAUGUAAUUGGUUUUCAAAAUUCCUACUUAUGUAAAGUUUCUCGAGAUAAGGAGCAUAUUUUUCUUUUGUCUGCAAGAUGGAACUGUAUGUGUGAUGCUGGUCAUCACCAGGUUUUAUUUCUAUUCUUUGACAUUUCUCCUUUGCUAUGUUACAUGAAGAGAGCUGUGCGUGCUUUCCUGUAAGGGGAAUGUAUCACUAAUUUGCUGAAAGUCAUAAUGGGGGGUGGGGGGGGUAUGAUUUUUGAUCUUUAGCUUGUGUUUUAGCAGCAUUAGUAGAAUAGUUUGUUGCUGGUUAAUUUAUUCCCUCAAUAUUUUAAAACUGUCAUCUUUAUUGGUGUGUAAUUUAUUUUAUCAAACAAAACCUGACAUUUCUGGAGGUGUUUCUUUGCGUCUUUUCUUUUUGUUUUGAACAUUGUAGUCAGUCAUUUAUGAAUUUGACGGGUUGAUUUGUGUGUUGCCUGUAUUUUAGUCACUUUUUAUUCUUCGUGUUUUUAUGGACAGUACAAAUUGCUCUGGUAUGAUUUUUAACGUACGUUGUAGGUUGUGGGUAACUUUUUAAAAUCUAAUGUGUAUGUGUUAUGUAUAGUAUUACAUAUAUUUGUAUUCAUGGUGAUCAAUUCAUAGAAUGAAUCUGCUGUUCAAUCUAUUCAAGUAGUAAUUGUAUUAAAUAACAAGGUAACUUUAUGGUCAACCAAGUGAAAUUUUGUUUUGGUAUUGAUAAGGUAUUGUUUUGUUUAGAAGUACUCUAUGUACAAGAGGAACGUUAUGAACGGCACAUGAUAAUGAGACUAGCACUGGCCGCUUCAGAGUGCUACUUGUUGUUAUGUUAGGGCAAAUAUCUGGAUUCCUUAGAAAAUAAUAAAAUUCGCCAACCUUAGAUAGAAUAUGGCAACUGGCAACUGCAA